GUUCUGGUGCUCGGGAGUCAGUUGAAAUGGUUGGUUUACAGUCCCGCAACGGAUUUCAAUCAGUCUCGAGUAGGAGGUCAUUGUGAUUAUACUGCCGCGCUCUAUCGGUGCUUUGUGCUCUAGGCCUGAUAUCAGUGCUAGGAACCAGACAGUUAUACGUAAAUUUUACCAGUCAUUUUAGCACUCGUUGACAACGUACGGUAGAGCGUCGGUGCAUAAAACUAUCCGAAUAAUGGAAAUUGAAUCGCCUUUUAAAAUAAACAUUCAUCUACCUGCAUCAAACCUCCAAAACUCCCCACCCAAGUCACCAUGCCCAGAUCGAAAUUAUUCCAAACUCAUGGUCAGAAGCUCCAUGAUAACAGUAAUAAACCUGAGACUAUCGAGUUUCCUUCGGGCUCGCCUGUUUCCUCUUCUUCAACUUAUUUUGCUCCACCAUCGACCUCCUUCGAGGGCAAACAAGAAUUACCCACUAUCUGCCUAGACAGCGACCACGAUAGCGUCCCAGCAAUCCUUAUCCAUGGCACAAAUUCGGAGUCACCAGUGCCAAAAGAAAGCAGCCACUUAUCGCUGAUCAAAUCGAUUGCGAAAAAGGCUAGCAUGAAGCGUUUGCGGAGUGUCAGUAGACCAUCUACGAGUUUUCACCACCAGGAUCAUCAUGUUAAUCACAAUCGAGACACAUCUGACUCGUCAUUAUCAUCGUCUACAUCCCAUGCAUCCACAUUAUGCACAUCGUCCAAUACAUCCGCAUUUUCCAUAGACUCUCCUCCAUCGAACCCUCCGAGUUAUCAUCGUACACGGUUACUUUCAUUGCCGUCAUUCCAUCGCCGCAGUCGAACUAGUCAUAGUACUUCCGAGCAAACCCUCGAUCCUGGUACAUCGAAUUUCGCUUCAGGGGCUUACGAUUCUUAUGAUGGAAAUUCGGUUCCCUCAUCGCAGCGUUCUUUCGAGGUACUUUCGCGCCCGCGGCGCGCGCAGAGCCAGAAUAUGGAAGUGAUAGAGCAGAUAACUUUGAAGAGAGAUCCUGAUGCCGAAAUCAAGCCUACGACAAACCCAACUCAUUCCAUAGUUUGUUGUCGAUGUGGUUCAGAGGUACAUAAUGCCGCCACAGUCGAGGUUUCGAAGGAAUUUCUGGGCCCGAUUGAUUCGGAUGCCAAAUUAGAUUUGGCCACGAAGGACGUUCAAUCUGGAAAACCUCUGGCCUCUGAAGACGAAAAUCUCCGGGAUAUCCCUUCUUCCUCUUCCCCUUCAUUUCCCGAUCUCCCAGGCCCCUUAGAUCUUGUACAAGCUACGAAUGAAGACGUGGAGGCAGACGGAGCUUUAGAACGUACUGCGGAAUCAGUCACGGACGUGGACAUACCUACCCCAGAGACGCAGGAGACAACCGAUAAGACUACCACAGAGGCCAGUCAAACGAAUGUCACUGUAGUCUCUCCUCGAAACUCUAAAACAAUCCAUCCCGGGCCCAACUCCUCAGAUGAAGUAAUCCCACCUCCGUUCCUAGUAGGACCCUUUAUCCUAGAUGAAUUAGCUAUGCCCAUCCUCAGCGGGACUCGUCCCCUCUCAUUCUUCUUUCGUCGAAUAUUCUGGAGUUCACUUUGGCGAGACCUGUGGCAUGCGUUGACUCGGAAACUGCAAGUGGAUGUGCGGAGAAGGAUUUCAGUGUAUCUAACGUGGUGGCUUUCACGGGUGACUCUCUUGUUUCCGAGAGGAUUUUCUGCUUCCAGAAAGUGAUCUCUAAAUAUUAUUAUCUAUUAAAUAAAAAUAUUGUAUUCCUUGUUUCGACCAGCUGCAGAAUUGGGAUAAUUUGGGCCAUGCUUUAAAACCAAGCACAAGAACGUCCGACCGAACUCCACUGAUGUCGCUCUCAACCGCCAGAAGCCACACAAAAACGCGAGACAUCUAUCAUCUCGUCACAUGAGUGGGUCUUACCUCGAUAAAGCUUCUUGACCAACUGUCCACUAAUACGUUCUAAUACGCCACGUAUGCCACACAUAGUAAAGGAAAUCCCGCAUACAGUCCUACCCAGAACAUCAGAUUGCCCAGCAGCUUGCUCCGCUUAAUGAACGGUACUGAGUUCAAGGCAAUUAGAGGUAUUUGGAUCAGCUGAAGUGCGAACAGGUAGAAC